GAAACUUCCUUCCAAUUCUCUCAUCGUGGGACCUCUCGACAAGAUGUCAAACUCAGGAAGGAAAAGAAAUAGUGUAGGAAACUUGGUGCUUGACUUACAGUCAUGACAUGAACUUAUCUCACGUCUUAUUCUGUUUCCGAUGAUUAUUCUCUGUAACCUGUACUGGUUUCGUCUUCAGUUUCAAACUUGAUCCACUGCUUGUUUUGUUUCUUCGAAGUACUAAUCAUGGAAGCCGUUGCUGCAGUUGGAGAAGCUUUUUUCUCUGAAAUGUUUGAGGAGUUGCUCUCCAAGUUCAACGCUUCUGACUUGAUAAACUUUGCUCGGCAGAAGAAGAUUUAUGCUGAACUCCAAAAGUUGAAGAACAUAUUGCAGAAUAUCAAAGCAGUUGUCGCAGAUGCAGAAGAGAAGCAAGUAAUGGAUAGGAGUGCCAAAAUAUGGUUGAAAGAAUUACAAGACUUGGCUUACCAAGUCAAGGACAUAUUAGAGGAGUUUGACUACGAAGCUUUGCGGCGCAAGUCAACAGUGAAACAUAGUAAGGUGAAAAUGCAUUGCUUGAGAGGUUUGAAAUGGAGUGGCAUGUUUAAUGUGAAGAUGGUGUCAAAGAUAAAGGGGAUCACCACAAGGCUGCAGCAGAUUGCAAGUGAAAAGAACAGCCUGAGACUUGGAGAUAAUGUUGGAGGAAAGGCCCACAAAGCAAGAGAUCAUCAAAGACUGCCCACAACAUCUGUAGUCAAUGAAAUCAAGGUUUUCGGCAGGGGAAAUGAGAAGGAAGCAAUACUUAAAUCGUUGCUGGUUGAGAAGACAAGUGAAGAUGAUAUUCAUGUCCCUGUUAUUAGCAUAACUGGCAUCGCAGGGAUUGGCAAGACCACACUUGCUCAGCUGGUUUACAAUGAUGGUAAAGUCAAAUAUUUUUUCGACUUGCGAGCAUGGAUCCAUGUCUCAGAAGAUUUUGGUGUCACAGAGAUCACAAAAGCCAUUCUACAAGCAGUCAGUCCUAGCAUUUCUUGUACCACCGACUUGAAUUUGUUCCAGCUCAAGCUAAAGGAGGAGUUAUCAGGGAAGAAACUUUUACUUGUCUUAGAUGAUGUACGGCUUCAGAACUACAAUCAAUGGAGUCUCCUUAUCCGUCCUUUCGAAGUCGGGAACUCGGGGUGCAAAAUCAUUGUCACCACUCAGGAUCAAAACAUUUCACAAAUAACAGGUCCCUUAGUCCAUGAUACUCCUUUGAAAGAGUUGGCAGAUGAUGAUUGUUUGUCAAUUUUAGCUUGGCAUGCUUUGAAAAGCAAAAAUUUCAAACGCCAUCCACAUCUGAAAGAAAUUGGCCAAGAAAUAGUGAAGAAAUGCAAGGGGCUACCUUCAGCGGUAAAAGAAUUGGCGAGCCACUUGGGCGCCAAGCAGGUAUACAAAGAGUGGGAAGCUGUAUCCAGGAGCAAGAUUUGGGAUCUACUAGAAGAGAAAGGAGGCACUGUUGCAGCAUUGAGAUGGAGUUACCAUCACCUCUCCUCUCAUUUGAAGCCAUGUUUUGCUUACUGCUCUUUAAUUCCAAAGGGCUAUGAAUUCAAUAGUGAUGAGUUGGUUCUGUUAUGGAUAGCAGAGGAUUUCGUGCAACCGAAAGGGCAUAAGCAACCGGAAGACUUAGGUCAUGAGUACUUCUCCGAUCUGCUAUCAAGGUUAUUUUUUCAGAAGUCAAACAAUAACAGCUCGUUGUUUGUAAUGCAUGACCUCAUUAUCGAUCUUGCUCAAUCUGUUGCCGGUGAUUCCUGUUUUAAUAUGGAGCAUGAACUGCACAUCGACGAAAUGGCUCGUCAUGUUUCGUUCAUUCCCCACCGAUACGAUGUCUCACAAAGGUUUGAAAUCUUCAAUGAAAGGAAACACGUACGAUCUUUCAUAGCACUGCCGACACCAUGUCAGAGAGGAGGAUAUUGCUAUUUAAGUAGUAAGGUACUGUACAAAUUGCUGCCAAAAUUGAAGUGCUUAAGAGUGUUAUCCUUGAGUGGCUAUUUCAUCGGAGAGCUAUCGAGUUCAAUUGGUGAUUUGAAGCUUUUGCGAUGCCUUAAUUUGUCUAGAACAGCAAUAAGAUUGCUGCCUCGGUCAGUUGGUAAUCUUCACCACCUACAAAUGUUAAUAUUAAACCAAUGCAAAGAACUUACAGCUUUGCCUGUUGAAAUUUGUGGACUGAGUAAAUUGCAUCAUCUUGACAUCCGAGAUACUCCGAAGCUACAAGAGCUGCCAUCAGGACUCGGAAACUUGACCAGUCUCCGGGUAUUGCCCAAAUUCAUUAUCGGGAAAGCUGGAGGGCUGGCAUUAAGGGAGUUAAAGGAUUUGUCUCUUCAAGGUCAGCUUUCCAUUAUAGGGCUGCAUAACGUGGUGGAUAUUCAAGAUGCAAGGAUUGCCAACCUAAGGCAAAAGCAAGGCCUGAAGAAGCUAGCCCUUGAAUGGAGCAAUGAUUUUAAAAACAGAGACAACCAAAUGCAGGAGCAGGUCCUUGCGUCACUGAACCCUCAAAAAGAUCUCCAAUGGCUGUCCAUUUCAAAUUAUGGAGCUACAAAGUUCCCUUUUUGGGUAGGGAAUCCUUCUUUUGCUAAAAUAGAGCAGCUAGACUUCUUUGACUGCAUAAAUUGCAAAUCAUUGCCAUCACUCGGGCGACUACGGUCACUCAAAAGCUUGAACAUAAGAGGCAUGCAUGCAAUGACAAAGUUGGGCCCUGAAUUUUACGGGGACGGUUUUCCAUCUUUGGAGAUCUUGAGGUUUGAGAACAUGACAGAAUGGAAGGAAUGGAUUUCAUGUGUUGGUAGCGUAGAAGGUUUCCCUUGUCUUCGUGAGCUUAUACUGCAUAACUGUCCUAAAUUAGCUGGAACGCUGCCAAGAACCCUCAGUUCCCUGGUAAAACUAGAAGUUCAAAACUGCCCACAGCUAAUGAAUUCACCUUUAAGUUCCACAUGCUUACGUGGAUUAACCGUGGAGGACAGUACUAACGUAAUCCUUCGAAGAAUGGUCGGUCAAAACACCAUCAUCAAAUUGAAAAUUAAGGGAAUUUCAGGCCUUACCUGCAUAACUGAGGAGCUCUCCAAGGCCUUAAUGAGACUUGAAGUUCUAGAGAUUGAAGGUUGCAGUGCACUAACGUGUUUGUGGCAGAAUGGAUCAGAAUUAGAAAACCUGCCUUGGCUAAAUAGUUUGGUAGUAAAGAAUUGUCCCGAGCUUGUAUCCUUGGUUGGAGAAAAGCAAGGGCAAGGACUAUGCCUACUCUCAUCUCUUAAAGAUCUCAGGAUUGAAAGCUGCCAAAAAUUUGUGUCCUUGCCAGCAACAGGGUUGCCUCAUACACUAAAGUGCCUCACAAUCCUUGACUGCAAGGCUCUGGAGUCAUUACCUGACAUGAAUGACAGCAAUUCCAACUGCUGCCUUCUUGAAGAAUUAAAGAUGGUAAGCUGUCCUUCCCUGAAAUCCUUCCCGGAACCCAAAUUGCCCUCGACACUCAAGAGCUUGACAAUCAAAAACUGCAGAAAUCUAGAGUUCCUUCCCGGUGGACGAGUGCAACGUGAUGGCAAUGAGAAUUGUGCACCGCGCCUUGAAUAUUUGUGUUUAGCUGAUUUUCUUGCUUCAGAAUCCUUAUUGGAAAGUGUGUUGCCAUUGCUCGAUCUUAAAGUCCUCCGGCUAUCGAAUUGUAUGAAUCUCAGGGCCUUGCCAGACCAUAUGCUGAACUUCAACUCUCUUCAAGAACUGAGUUUAUCAGACUGUGUGGCUCUGACAUCCAUCCCAGAGGGUGGUUUGCCUCCCAACAUAACUUCUCUCGAGUUCCAUAAUUGUGAAAAGCUGAAGCAGCCAAUGUCAGAGUGGGGCCUGGAAAAACUCAAUUGUCUUACAGAAAUCAAGAUUGUUGGUGCAUGCCCUGCUGCAGAUACUGAUUCAUUUCCAGCUGAGAGUGUAAUGCUUCCUUCGACUUUAACCAGUAUUUGCCUGGAAAGCCUUGAGAAUUUGGAAUGUCUAUCCUGGGAACUAGAAAACCUCAUGGCUCUCCAAGAAUUGCAGAUUAAAGGCUGCCAUAAGCUCCGGUUUCUACCAAAGACAGGCCUACCGGUCUCACUAGGACGGCUAUGCAUCUCCGACUGUCCUGUUUUACGAGACAUGUGCAGAAAAGAGAAAGGAAAAUACUGGUCCAUCAUACGCGACAUCCCUUGCCUCGAAAUUUAUUGAAAAUACAUGGUGGAUCGGGUAUGAUGAACUUUAAUCACGUUGUUCAAGCUCCAAGCUGUCUGUUUUUGGAGACUGAUGUACAUAUAUGAAACGUGGAUAGGAGAGAGUAAUAAUCUCAAUGUAUCCAAAUUCCAAAAUAAAGUUCAUGUUGAUAAUAUGAAUAAUUUUCUCUUGUAUAUUUAACAAAAAAAUUUACAUGACUA